AUGGCUUCAAUAGAUGUUGAGUUAGGAGUUACUCCUGAAACUACUUAUUCCAUUGCUGGAAAACAAAUCAAAUUCAAUAGCGAAGCGGAUAUUGAACCAUACAUUAAGGAACUAAACGAAGUUAAAAAUGUCACCAAGAUUGAUUUCUCGGGAAACACAAUCGGAAUUGAAGCAUCUAAAGCAUUAAGUGAAGCACUUUUGAAACAUAAGGAUACAGUUGUUGAAAUCAACUUUUCUGAUUUGUACACUGGACGUUUAAACACCGAGAUCCCACAAUCUUUGAAUUAUUUAUUACCAGCAUUAUUGAAAUUUCCAAACUUGAAGUUGAUCAAUUUAAGUGACAAUGCGUUUGGUUUGCAAACUAUAGACCCUAUUGAGGCAUAUAUUGCAAAAGCUGUAUCAUUGGAGCAUUUGAUUUUGUCAAAUAAUGGUAUGGGUCCAUUUGCAGGUUCAAGAAUUGGUGGCUCAUUGUUCAAGUUAGCCAAAGCCCAAAUUGCUGCUAAAAAGUCUUCUUCAUUAAAGACAUUUAUUUGUGGAAGAAACAGAUUAGAAAACGGAUCCGUAAAUUACUUGGCCGUUGGGUUAAGAAACCACAAAGACUUGGAAGUGGUCAGAUUAUACCAAAAUGGUAUCAGACCAGCAGGUAUUUCCAAAUUAGUGGAAAAGGGAUUGAGUCAUAACAAGAAAUUAAAGGUAUUGGAUUUGCAAGACAAUACAAUCACCACUUCUGGUGCCAUAAAGUUAGCUGAAUCGAUUACCAACUGGCCAGACUUGGUUGAGUUGAACUUGAACGACUCUUUGUUGAAAAACAAAGGUUCAUUAGAAGUUGUUAGAGCUUUUGGAAAAAACAAGAAGGAAAACUUGACUGUCCUCAAAUUGCAAUAUAAUGAACUAGAAACUGAUAGUUUGGCAGUGUUGGCUGAUUUGAUUGGAGAGUAUUUACCAAAUUUGAAACUUUUGGAAUUGAACGGUAAUAGAUUUGAGGAGGAUUCAGAACAUAUAGAAAGUAUCAAAGAAGUAUUUGAAAAGAGAGGUUUUGGAGAAAUUGAUGAGUUGGAUGAAUUGGAGGAAUUAGACAGUGAUGAAGAGGAGGAAGAGGAAGAGGAAGAGGAAGAUUCAUUAGAAGUUGAUCUUGAUUUGGAGGAAUUGGAGAAGGAACUUGCUGGUGUUAAACUUGAAAAUAAAGAUUCAGCUGUAGACGAUAUUGCUGAUGAGUUAUCAAAAGCUCAUAUUGAAUAG